CUGUAUAGGAUCCCCUUUCUUUUAGAACAAAAAAAUGUUCUAAAUAGUUUGGCAUUAAGUUUGCUAAUGUCCAUUUCUGCCCUGAGCUUUCUAUGUGUGUUAAUUAAGGUCUUUAUUUCAACUCUAGGAUGCACUAAGGAAGGGUCUGAUAAGCUGAGAUUGUGAUUCUGAGAAAUUAUAGAUCUGAACUUUAAAGCUUGAUGUUAUUAAGCCUUUAUUUCUCCUAAUAAGGAUAAUUUUCUUCUUAUAGUAAAUUAACUUAAAAGAUUUAUGAUUGUAUUAUCAAGUCAGCCAAUGAAAAACGUUUUUUAUUGACAGCUUCAAAUGUUCUUUCAUCUGAACUAAUCUAAAUGUCUGAAGCUCCCAAAGGAGGAUGUGUGCCCCCUAGUGGAGCACAGUUUAAUAGCAGGGGACGUGGUAGAAAUAAACUAAAUAAAUGGACCAUUUAGAGCUAAUCUUUUUUGUAUUGAUAACUUUCUGAAAAUAAUAUUAAAUGAAAUAAAUAGUUACAUUAAAAUAAACUUACAAUUUAAUUGUAGUCUUGUGAUUUAAAGGGUAUUGGAGUUUUUUUGGUUAUAAACUUAGCCACCAGCAAGAUAGCUGGCGAGGACCAGCAAAAUGUCCCCCUUUACAACAAUCAGUCCUCAGGCUGAUGCCGAGACAGGGCAACACAAUCAUAUACGCACAUAUAUACAUAUAUAUUAAUAUUUUUUAUUUAAAACUAACCAAACUGUUAGCAUUGUUUAUAUGUCUUAUUUAUUAGAUCUACUUAAACCUGAAAAACUCACAGAGGCACAUCCAGCAACCUAAAAUAAAGCUUUUAGUUUUUUUCAUUUAAUUUUCCUUAGUUAAUGUUCCUGGUCUAAUGAUUUUUUUCCCCUCACAGUUCCAGACGUCGUGCUUCCAGCUGAUCCUGACCCGGAGCCCUCGUUCUGGAUAGAGGAUCAGGGUAAUGUAUAUGCUGUAUAUAUGGUCAUCACAGAACCGUUGCCAGUUUACAAUGAGGAGAUAGAAGUCCAGGAAAUAGUGGUUGACAAUGAGGAGAUAGAAGUCCAGGAAAUAGUGGUUGACAAUGAGGAGAUAGAAGUCGAGGAAAUAGUGGUUGACUAUGAGGAGGUAGAAGUUGAAGGAGUAGUGGUGGAAGAGUAUGGGCAGGCGGAGAUGUGGUCUUUUGAGGGGGAAGAUGUUGCUUUUGAUGAUGUCAGGUCUUUUUCUGGUGAGUCUCUUGAGGUGUCUAGUGACUCUUACGGGUAUGAUACCACGAGCUCUGAGGAAGAAGAUGACGAAGACGAUGACCACCUUCCACCACAUCUUCGGUUCACCCAGAGGAUUCCCCCCGACUUCAGACUCCCGUGGAACCCCGAAGAGCCAAAAGAGUCCCUCGAGUGCACAGAAGACCGCGUCUCCGGGAAGAGGAGAAGAGAGGAAGAUGAGGAAGAUGAUGAAGACGAUGAAGACGAUGACUACCUUCCCCCACAUCUUCAGUUCAACCAGAUGAUUCCCCCCGACUUCAGACUCCCGUGGAACCACGAAGAGCCAGAAGAGUCCCUGGAGUGCCCAGAAGACCGCGUAUCCGGGAAGAGGAGAAGAGAGGAAGAUGACGAAGACGAUGACCACCUUCCUCCACAUCUGCGGUUCACCCAGAGGAUUCCCCCCGACUUCAGACUCCCGUGGAACCACGAAGAGCCAGAAGAGUCCCUGGAGUGCCCAGAAGACCGCGUCUCCAGGAGGAGGAGGAGAGAGGAAGACAAUGAAGAGGAGCUCCCCUGGAAGAGGCUUUGUCGUGAGAGGGAUUUUUAAGAAGAGGAAUUCUGGCAGGUCUAGGGAUGCCUUAGGUAGCGUCUUGCACCGUGGCUUUUAUUUACCCCGCUGCUAGAUUGAGUUUUUCAGUUAUUAAGGAGUCUGGCAGGUCUAGGGAUGCCUUAGGUAGCGUCUUGCGCCGUGGCUUUUAUUUACCCUGCUGCUAGAUUUUCAUUUAACUUUUUAGAAAGUUUAAGAAAUUUUGUUUAGAACUGACAUCUGAGCAGGCACUGAGGACAUGACAACGAUUUAAACAAGGUGUGGAACAUGAGAGCUGGUUAAGGCAGACAUAAUCUAGCAUGCUCUACAUCUAAUGUCAGAGCUGGACAGUCUGCCAGCUAACAGAAGGCAACACAAACAAAGGAUUGAUAAAAGAACAAGGUUUGCAAAGAGGAAACACAACAUGGAGGCAAAUGGACAAAAAAUAAAUCCUGGCUAAAAACAGAUGAACCACGAGGAGGCAAACCAAUCCAAGGAGCAGCUGGACAUCACUGCUGAGGACAACGCAGGAGGUCAAACAAAAAUCUUAAAGGUCUAAAAAUGGAGUUGAGGUCACCUAAAGUCUAUAGGCAGAGGGCCAAGGCUGUAGUGGAGACAGAUUAUCUAGAGUAGAGGACAGGACUGAUGUAGGGAUUUGGGUUGUGAGAGGAGCCGACUGUUAGAAACAGCUUUCAGAUGCGACUUGGUCUACUUCUAGAUGUUCCUCUGGUCAGUUAGUUUUCAGGCCUACUUUGAGAGAAAAGAACCCUCUGCAGAAAUAUUCUUCAUAUGAUCUAGGCCUGUUCUGACCGCAGUGGAUCUCUUCUGUGUUUUUUAAAUCCCAUGUUGGACCGAGCCUCUCCAAGCUUUGGGCCAUCAGAAGAUGCUGAUGAGAUCUGCAGCGACCAAACCAGAGGAGGAUCAUCUGGGCUGCUGACCUUUACAAAGAGUGAGAGCAUGUUCAACACUGUGGACGUCCAAAAGCAGAACUUCUGUGAGGAACCGGGACAUCCAGGAUGGUGAGGAGCUUCCCAGUCCCCACCUGAGGACGGCACAGAGAGA